UCUAAUUCUUUAUUCCUUAGGGCACCUCUCUCUCUUUCUCUCACACACAAAGAUGGGAGCUUCAUCAGUAGUAGCUUCUCUGAUGAUGAUCAGCUUCUUCAUGCUUAACAGACAACUGCAGGCAGAUGCUGCAUUGUCCGCAGAGACAUACAAGUCGAUCGACGAGGCGAACCAGAGUGGCCCUUAUCUAGGCGUGGUCAUUCCAAACGCUUUCGAAAUGAACCCUCUUCUUCAAUCUCCAAACUUCACCUCAACUAACCUUACCAUAGAUGUCUCCGGAAGAAGAUUUCGGUUCGGAACCAUUGCUAACAAGAAAGUCAUAUUGGUUAUGACAGGACUCUCAAUGAUUAAUGCAGGAAUUACUACUCAGCUUUUGUUAAGCCUCUUCGACAUAGAAGGAGUGGUGCAUUAUGGCAUAGCUGGUAAUGCAAACCCAUCCAUAAACAUUGCCGACGUGGUCAUUCCUCAGUAUUGGGCCCAUAGUGCUCUUUGGAACUGGCAGAGAUAUGGACAAGGGCCAGAAAACGAGCUACCCCUUGAAGCAAGCGGAGACUACACCAGAGAAAUUGGCUACUUAAAAUUUGCAAAUUAUACAGUCAAUGCAAGCAGCUCCUCAUAUGACAACCUGUUAAACAAUAUUUGGUAUCAACCGGAGGAAGUCUUUCCGAUAGAUGGAACUCCAGAGGAAAGACAACAUGCCUUUUGGGUUCCUGUUGAUCCCCUUUACUAUAACAUCUCUAAAAAAUUGGAGGACCUGAAAUUGGAAGGCUGCCUGAACUCGACGACAUGUUUGUCCCAUACACCAAAAGUGGCAAGAGUUGAUAGGGGAACAAGUGCAAGCAUUUAUCUAGACAAUGCUGCUUACAGAGGCUUCAUAUACAACAAAUUCAACGUCAGCCCUGUGGAAAUGGAAAGUGCUUCUGUUGCCUUGAUAUGUCUUCAGCAAAGGGUGCCCUUCAUUGUCAUCAGGGCUAUCUCCGACUUGGCCGGCGGCGGCGGCGCCGAUUCGAAUGAGGCCGACGCAUUCUUAACUCUCGCUUCCAAAAACUCAGUCACUGCUGUUUUGGAAUUUGUCAAGCAGUUAUCAGCUUCAAAGGAAUUUGUCAAGCAGUUAUCAGCUUCAAAGUGAUCACUCACUCUAAGAACUUUUUUUGUAUGCCACUUUUGGAAUUUGAAUAAAACUGAGGGGCUUUCGUGAACUGAAUCCCUUGGUUUGGAGUGUAAAAUUAAAUGUUUUGAGAGCCAAUAACAAUUCUCAAUAUUCAUAUGGAGGCAGGUUGCUAAUUGCUAUAAUUCCUGUUUAUUGCCUCUAUGCUAUGAAUUUAUAAGGGUUAAUUACUCUAUACCCUUUAUAUGUGGGUACUUUUUU